AUGGCCGAUUAUGAAUAUUAUUAUGAGCAAUAUCGUCGUGCGACAAGAAGUCCAACAACUCCUCAACGAGAUUUAGUUGAUUUUCAUUCAACAGUAUCUUCAUCGACCUAUCAUGUUUGGUCUGGCGUUAUGAAACGACCUAUUACAACAACUUAUAUUGACGGCAAUGCUUUGCUAGGUCUUACUGAACGUCCAAAUACUGUCAAAGGCUCAUUUCCAAAAGGAAAAAGUCGACGAAAGCCUACUGUAACAAUUGAAAAAAAAGUAAAUACGGGUGAUGCUUUCAUAUCCUUGGUACCGGUUGAUAAGAUAAAUCUAGAUCUAGCUACAGUUCGAUCAGAAAAAACUCGAUCACCUCUGUCAAUGGCAACGGUACCGCAAUCUGCAACUGCACGUGAUAUACGACAAAGAAGUGCUGAUACUCGAAGCACGCGAAUAUAUAGCGCUGCUACGACUAUGUUUGACGAUGAGAAAAGUGAAGCAAAAUUUUAUGGGCGCUGUGCAACAUCACACACAAAUAGUGCCUGGGUUCAACGAUAUAAAUCAAUAAAUGAAUCACAAGCACUCACAGAUCUACUACGUGAUCAAACAUUUAAAGAUAAAAUUUUACUUAAAAAGCUACCAGCUCAGUACUUAUUUCAUUCAGCGUCGACAGCAUCAGGAUUUACUUCUGCAUUCGUUAGACGUAAACGAGUAAAAUGUUGA